GUGUGUGUGUGUGUAUCGUUCGUGCAUCAAGAUGGCGGUGGCUCCUGACAGCAGAGUGCUCUCCUACAGUGUUUAUAAAUGGAGCUCAUACUCCUCUACAUAUUUACCCGAAAAUAUAUUAGUGGAUAAACCUAACGAUCAGUCUUCCAGGUGGUCAUCUGAGAGCAACUACCCUCCACAGUACUUGAUCUUAAAACUGGAGAGACCAGCUAUCGUUCUUAGCAUCACCUAUGGCAAAUAUGAAAAAACUCAUGUGUGCAACCUGAAGAAAUUCAAGGUGUUUGGAGGCAUGAGUGAAGAAAACAUGACAGAACUCUUGUCUAGUGGCCUUAAGAAUGACUUCAACAAGGAGACAUUCACGCUAAAGCACAAGAUUGAUGAGCAGAUGUUUCCCUGCAGGUUCAUUAAAAUAGUGCCUCUGAUGUCAUGGGGUCCCAGUUUUAACUUCAGCAUCUGGUAUAUUGAGUUACAUGGCAUUGAAGAACCAGACGUUGUCCAGCCCUGCCUUAACUGGUAUAGUAAGUACCGUGAACAGGAGGCCAUCCGCCUGUGCCUGAAACACUUCCGGCAACACAAUUACACAGAAGCCUUCGAGUCUCUGCAGAAGAAAACCCGGAUCGCUCUGGAGCACCCCAUGCUCACGCACCUUCACGAGCGGCUGGUCCUCAGAGGAGACUUUGACGCCUGCGAGGAGCUCAUAGACAAAGCUGUGAGAGAUGGUUUGUUUAAUCAGUACAUCAGCCAGCAGGAUUAUAAGCCCCGCUGGAGUCAGAUCAUCCCCAAAUGUAACAAAGGUGAUGGUGAUGAUAACAGGCCAGGCAUGAGAGGAGGUCAUCAGAUGGUCAUUGAUGUUCAGACAGAAACAGUUUAUCUGUUCGGUGGCUGGGAUGGAACGCAGGACUUGGCUGAUUUUUGGGCAUACAGUGUAAAGGAGAAUCAAUGGGCCUGCAUAUCCAGGGAUACAGAGAAAGAGAAUGGACCCAGUGCGCGCUCGUGCCACAAGAUGUGCAUCGACUCUCAGCGGAGGCAGAUCUAUACUCUGGGCCGUUAUUUGGACUCCUCUGUCAGAAACAGCAAGUCCCUGAAAAGUGACUUCUACUGCUAUGACAUUGAUGCCAACACGUGGACCCUCCUGAGCGAGGACACGUCCGCUGAUGGAGGACCCAAACUUGUGUUUGACCACCAGAUGUGCAUGGACUCUGAGAAGCACAUGAUCUACACUUUUGGUGGUCGGAUUCUGACGUGUAACGGGAGCGUGGAUGAUGGCAGGACGUCAGAACCUCAGUUCAGCGGGCUUUACGCGUUUCACUGUCAAGCUGCUAGCUGGAGUCUGCUCAGAGAAGACUCAUGUAACGCAGGGCCAGAGGACAUCCAGUCCCGCAUCGGACACUGCAUGCUUUUCCACACGAGAAAUCGCUGCCUGUACGUUUUUGGAGGUCAGAGGUCCAAAACAUACUUGAAUGAUUUCUUCAGUUACGACGUUGACGGUGAUCAUGUGGAGAUCAUCUCAGAUGGCACCAAGAAGGACUCAGGCAUGGUACCUAUGACCGGGUUCACUCAGCGUGCCACCAUCGACCCCGAGCUCAAUGAGAUCCACGUUUUGUCAGGACUCAGCAAAGACAAAGACAAACGCGAGGAGAAUGUACGCAACUCCUUCUGGAUCUACGACAUUGCACGCAACAACUGGUCGUGUGUUUAUAAGAAUGACCAGGCGGUUAAAGAAAACCCCACUAAGGCCCUACAGGAAGAAGAACCUUGUCCUCGUUUUGCUCAUCAGCUAGUCUAUGACGAGUUGCACAAGGUGCAUUAUCUUUUCGGUGGAAACCCAGGGAAGUCCAGCUCUCCUAAAAUGCGAUUGGAUGAUUUCUGGUCCUUAAAGCUGUGCCGCCCUUCCAAAGAAUAUCUGCUUCGACACUGCAAAUACCUCAUCCGCAAAUACAGGUUUGAGGAGAAGGCUCAGACCGAGCCCUUGAAUGCACUUAAAUAUCUACAGAAUGAUUUGUCUCUUACCGUGGACCACACUGACCCCGAUGAGACAAAAGAGUUCCAGCUCUUGCCCUCUGCUCUGUUCAAAUCUAGCUCAGACUUCAUUCCUCUAGGCUUUUCAGAUGUGGAUCAGACAUACGCCCAGCGCACUCAGUUGUUUGACACACUCGUCAAUUUCUUCCCUGACAAUAUGACCCCACCCAAGGGUAACCUCGUUGACCUCAUCACCCUGUAGCCACGCCCCAUACAUUAGACCACACCCCCAAUAGACCUCUCAGACUCCUCCCACCAAAAACAGAAGUUAUUUUUCUACAUUUUCCACCCGAGGUGUGCCAUGCCCACCUACUGUGUUUUCUCUUACAGAUGUAAUACCACCUAAACGUCACUGAGACUUAUUUAAUAUACAGAAAUAUAAUUUUCUACUCUGGAGUGGCAGGGUUGUUCUUUUUUCUUUUUUUUUUUUAAAGGUGUCAGAAUUAGGUUUAAAUUUGCAUAUCUGCCAAAUUGCGAACUGAUUUGAUUUUUUUUUUUUUUUGCUCUAUUUCAGUUUUAUCUUUUAAAUAUUCUCUCAAACAGUUUGCAACAUAGGUGAGUUAUAAAUCUAAGCAGUUUACAUUAUAAUGAGAUGAAUUUGAUUUAUGAACUGUGUGAUCAUCAUGGGUUCCUUUCUGCCUUGUUAUUUUAAAUCGCAUUUUAAUGGACAAACGUGCGCUGAGCCAGUGACGGCCUUAGGCAAAGAUCAGAGCGCCCUCUAGAGUCAGUUCUGAUUUGAUUACACAUUCAGAUGAAUUCUGAAGGAACUGUCCAUUCAGUACUGGAUAUGAAUACCGGCUUCCAUCUAAACCUGCUGCUGCUAUAGUUUGCCAUGACAUUAGUGCUUUCUUUGACUCUUUAAUAUAUUCCAUAGCUAUUAAUUGUCAUCCACAAUUCAUACAAGGAAUAUAGUGAUAUGUCCGAGAUGUAACGUACACAAGAAGUGUUUUCCAUUCUGUAUGUGUGUAGGAACGCAAAUAUUAGUAGCACAUUCAUGUAUGGCAACACCUUGUACUUUAUUACAGAUUAUUAUACACUCGUAUCCGUUUGCAAAUGGAUUUGCGAAACACUGCUGCAAUUAGACAAACCGAAGACAUGGAUGAAUUGAAUUUUUGAAGUGUAGAUUGCUGUUUACUUAAGGUUGUGGCUGCUUUUGUCCAAACUCAAUGUAGUCCAGUUCACACUGCUGUGUUACAUAGACUGUUCAGCGGACUGGUACCAACACAAAGGAGCCUUAUUGGGACCACCGAAGACAGAAGAGACCCCUCACUAUUUAUUAUUAAUAUAAUUUCUUGGUGAACUUGAGCCCUGAAUGUCAUGUCUUAUGUUCCGUCUUCCUCUAUGAUGUCAUAGAGAUUUUUGUAUGUGCCCUUCAUUCCGUAUGAGCUUCCGGAUUGCUUGAAAUCUUGAACAGAUUGAAGUAUGUUGGACAGUAGUCUUCCAUAUAGUUCCAUGUGUCUCCAGCCGUGCGUCUGGAUAACUUGGUCUCCAUUUGUGCAGUGUUAGUUUAACAGCAGUUGUUUUAGAAUUGUUUGUGUCCCUGUGCACGAGGAGCAAGUGUUUGCCCAGCAAAAAAAAUAAUCCUGUAAUUGGAUCGCUCUUAAAUUUGCUGUACUUUUGGCUUCACCCACGCAGAAACCAAAGGCUCAAAGAACCAUGGGACAGCACAUUGUUUCACCCUGCUGAUUGUGUCCUCCCAAGUGGGAUAUCUCAAUUCCCUGAACUCAGUAUUAGCUGUAGUUUGACCCCUGUGAAGCGAGGCGGGCGUCUGUGUAGAUGCACAUACGGCGUACCAGAGUGUGGACGUUUGACUUCUCAGUGAUUGGCCCGUUUGUGAAUUAGUUUUUCAGCACUUUUGGUUUCUUGUCUGGUGUGAAAGCAAUUUGUAGCUAGUAUUGUUUUUGUGCCGGGAAGAAUUAUGAUUUUUUUUAAUUUUUUUUUUAAAGAGGGGGAAAAAAAAUGAAAUCAUAGAUACACGAGAGGAUCGACACUUACAACCGGAGACCUUUUUGUUGCACUCGAUGCCAAAUACAUUUUCUUGCUUUCGGUGUACAUUUCUGCAGUGUCAGAGAUGAAAUUGCGCUUCUUUUCAUCUCUCCAGGAAAUCGUCAUCUCGGCGAGCGUCACUCUGCUCUUGAGCUAGGGCGCAUUGAGAUGUCAGCACUACACUGUGGCUCUCAUGAAUGUGUAGAACAUAUUAAAGAACUGCAUUGUAUGUAAUGUACAUAAAAAAUAAAGAUUGUAUUUUGUUCAA